AGAUGCAUGGAUACAGAACCAACAGCUGUGUGUCUGGUCGAUGGUCCAGGGAAACUCCAGUAUGUGUUGCCUCGGGCUGUCCUAGUCCCGGUAAUCUCCAACACGGUGCUACUAGUCUGAUGGAAGAUGGGUCCUGGGUUCUGUUCAGAUGUGAUGCUGGCUACAGGCUUUAUGGACACUCACUGCUCUACUGCAAGGGCCAGAAUUGGAAUGGCACCAAGCCUGUCUGCAAGGAAUCUGACAUUAUGAGUGGUAGACAGCAUCCUGAGCCAGCAGCCUCCGUGCUUAGGAUUCAGAACCCAAACAAUGACGCUCAUGUCGCUUUGAAGAGCCGUUUGCAGAUUCACUACGACACCGUCGCUAACACAGCCUUCAAGGAGGUGUUCCUGAAGACCGUCCACACCCACCUGAAAGACCCACGCGGCUUGGAUCUCAACCCCAAAACACACAUCAUAAAGGGGAUUCUGACAGACACCAUGGUCUUCACAGGCAGAGAAGGAGCACUUCAAAAGCCCACAAGAGCUAAGACUUCCACAUCCCUGGCUACAACAGAGACCUUUACUCCCAGAUCCGUCCUGGCAGUCUCCUCAGGUGGAAAGUAUGGGCACCAGGGGAGCUCUGUAGCCCAGCCUGAGCUCGAGGAUUCAUUACCCAGGAAGGAGGUGCUGAUGGGGGCCACCCAUGCAAAGCCUGGCCAGGGCAUUACGGAAGCAGCAGAUGUGAGCGGCAUACACCCAGAGACACACACAGUUUCCCAGCAGCCCCAUCCACAGACACACACAGAGCCUAACUCAACCAGCCAAGCAAGCAUGGAACCUCUCAGCUCUAAGGUCAGUCCUACCGAGGUCAGUCCUUUUGGGGUUAGCCCUUCCCCCACUCAUACCUGGGGGUCUCUGCUGUCAACCCUCCUACACACACCCAGAGAGUCAGCAUUUCUUAGCCAAUCUGUCUCAGUGCGGAACCACAUCUUUAAUGCUAGCUCUACCAACAACACCAACACAAGCUAUGGUGACGUUAGCAACGCCGUCCAGGAGAAUCGAACGGACACAAGUGACAGUUCUCGAGACCGGGCAAACAAGGCACUAUCGUCAUUGCUUGAGGCUGAUGUGACAUCACCAGAACUAGCACGGAACAGCUCAGCCUAUCACCUUUUGAAGUUUGCCCCAGUGGAGGCCCAGGCCACUGAAACCGAAAAGCACAACAGUCACGGUAGCAAGGCGAAAGAGACUGAAUCAUGGUCGGUUGGCGACGACGACGAGACUUCUCUACACACCAUAGCCUCUCCAGACACGGCUCCAUCAUUCAAGUUGGACCGUCGCCCAGUCACCGGUCACACCGAGGAGCGGCCCAGGACUGGGACGGUGAACCGCCGGCCAGUGUGCCCAUACCCACCCUUUCCUGUGCACGGAACUUUCUACUUCCGCACGGUGGAGAAGCCCGGUCUGCAGGACUACAAGCAUUACAUCCAGUACGCCUGUUAUGCUGGCUACACACUGGCCCACGGCAACCCACACAGCUACUGUCUCCAGGGAGGCCACUGGAGUGGUGUGACGCCUGUCUGCUUGGAAGUGACCCCCUGCUCCUUGAACAACGGAGGGUGUUCCCAGCUGUGCACUUUGGACCAGGACCAGGCCCGGUGUCACUGUAGACCAGGCUUCACCCUGCUAGAGGACCAGCGCACCUGUAGAGAUGUGGAUGAGUGUGUGGAGGGCCGGCGGCGCUGCCAACAGACCUGCGUCAACACCUUCGGUUCGUUCCACUGCUCUUGCCCCUACGGACAGACCCUGGCCGGGGACGGGAGGACCUGCGUGGCUCAGUGCCCAGCAGGAUACAGAAGACAUCCCUCAAACCCGGUUCCUGGACCGUCAAGCCGAGAGGAGUGUGUAGACAUCAAUGAAUGUGAACAAAGAGGUGCGGGCGAACCUGCAAACAGGUGUGAAUGGAAGUGUGUGAACCUGCUUGGCUCCCAUCGCUGCAUCUGUCCCAAAGGGUAUCACCUGGACAGUGAUGGAUGGCGCUGCCAAGACGUAAAUGAAUGUAGUCGCAGAAACGGUGGCUGUUCUCAUCUUUGCCUGAACCUCAAAGGAAGCUACAAGUGUGUGUGUCCUAAGUCUCACCGCCUCUCCCUGUACAGUAAGAAGAAGUGUCAACCAAGGAAAUAACUGGACACCAAAAUGGAAAUGGCUAAAGAUUGGUUUACACAGGCAGUUGCAUUUAACAUAUUUCAACAUUCCGUUGAACCUUUUACACGAGAUAACACAC